UUUUGUUUUUCUCUGUUUAGUUUUUUAGUUUAGUUUGAAAAUUGCUUAAAAAUGGUAAAUUCUGACGAUAAGAAUUUGAAUUUGAUGGGCUACAGCUCUUCGAUGAACCUACGCCGAAUGGAGUAUCCUCCACUGGACUCGAUCCUGAGCCAAUCGCUUCCAGUCGUUCGGAACAUUGAGCGCCCUCAGGUCCUCUUCAACUGCAAAAAGCCAUCGAGGCACUCGAAGCCUGCGGCCUCUUCCGGGUUCAAAUUGUUGGUUGACGAUAAUAAACUCAAAAUAGAAGGUGAAAAAGUCUCAAAUUUCCUGUAAGUAUCUUCUCAAUCAAACGAAUGGUCAUUGUGUAUUUGUGAAUUUGGAAAAUUUGCGGACCGAGGAAGAAGGCCGGAUUCAAUGAUUUAUUCACUGUAUAACAUUGGUGAUGUCUAUAAAGUGAUAAUAAUUAUGCCCUGCCGGAUCUUGAUUCGAAGCAGGGACUGUGUCCAGUAAGUACUGCAACCACUGCAAUGGGACCGGAAAACAGGUGACAAUUAGCUUAUCGAUUUUUGAUGCAUUCCACCUGUCGCUAAUGCCAAGGUGCACGAAGUUUCGUCAAAUAUCCGUGCCCGGAAGCGGCGGUAAAGGACUGAUGGCCCUGAGAGAGCGGAUGACUAUGUACGUAUGACGGCGUUGGGGUUGGACAUGCUGUACAAAUGCGUGAAAACAAGAACGGCAAAGAUAGCACGCUUUUACAAAAAUAUUAUAAUAGACAACUUUAAAUACAAAUGGAUUGUUCUUCUCAAAUCCGGUUUAGCUGGUAUCAACUUUCAUCUGGCUUUCAUUCGCAAUUCGAUGUAAUACGCAAAUGGUUUAUCUACCCCAAUAUGGUACCGUAUCAAUACUUGGAUGGCGUUCCGUUGCUCAUUAUGCCAUGCACAAGCUAUAGAAUAGGAACCGCAAGCUACACGGCUGAUAUGAAAUGUUUUUUUUCCCUACAUCCUGUCGAGGAUGUUCGGGACAUCGUCACUUAUGAGUCCAGGAUGCCGUUUGUCCUAGACCGAACCGGACUUUGUAGUCACGCAUCUUACCGCACGGCUAAGGAAGGCCACUCAUGUCAGAUUAGAGGUAUAACGAAUUGGCACACUUUGUUCGACGAAAAUCUUCCGCCGAUGCAAAGGUGUUUGGCGAUAUUCUUCUCACAUCUGCGAAUUGGUGGCACCAACAAUCGACUGGGACUAUUUCAUUAUAAAUCCAAUGCAUCAAUGUCGAGUAUCACUUUGAAGUAAUUCCAACAAAUUUCUGUGAUGGAACAGAGAAAUCUUUAUUGAUCAGGCAGUAAAUAAUAACUCCUCAUUUCGAAGAUAUCGACAUUGUGGUAUCGAGCUUCAGAGUGAUGUGUCGAAUCGAGUGUUCAGACCAGAUUCAACAGUAAUAAUUUUUGUUAGCUUCAUUAGAGAGACUUGCAAAAUGAAAUUGUAACAGAUUAACUGCAAUAAGAUAAAACUAAAUAAAUUUUACGAUUGAGUAAAACUAAAUUGAAAUUGCGUACACUCAGAAUAAUCUGCACGUAAUACAUAUGUGUACACUAAUGAAAUGUGAUCAGCUCACUUCACAUUUGUGAUUCAUUUGUUUGUCUAAUAAAAAUAGUAUUGCGCCAAUGAAAUGUAUGUGCAGCUACUCAUGAUAUAUAUAACACUAAUUUGUUUUAAGUCUAGACAAAAUUUUCAAAACGACUUAUCUGCUUUUGUAAACAAAGAUUCAAACGACGAUUUGACGAAUCUGA